CACCUCGCGGCACCCGCUCCGGCCCUUCGCCCCGCACUCGCGCGCGCUCGCUGCUGCCUAGCCGCCGAGCGGCGCACCGCUGAGCAGCACACUCUCCGUGUCCGCUGGCUCGAUGCACAGCAGCCAGCCGCCGCCGUUUGCCGAGCUCGACCCCGACCACGAGCGCGAGCCGGCAAAGUUCCGCAAGCUGCCUGUGCCCGCGCAGCAGGCGGCGCACCUCGAGCCCGCGGCCGCGCCGCAUCCGCCCGCAUCCGCCGCAGCCGAGACGGCCAGCUCGUCGUCCGGCAGCAGCGCGGCCGCAGGCGGUGAUUCGGCUGCCUCGGGAGAGCUUCGCUUUCCAUCGGCCUUGAACGGCGCGUCCUCAGAGCGCGCCCGGGGCAGCAUGUCGCUGCCAGACGCCAGCUCGCGCAGGGCAGGCUUCGUCGGCGGCGCGCCCGGCAGCCAGGAGGCCAUGGAUGCGCUUGAUGCGCUUGGCUCGCUGGGCCCCGGCGGCGAUGUGCCGCCGCUCUCGGCGGGCCUCAGCGCCGCGGGCGUGCCCGACGGCCCGCCGCCCACGUCGCUCGUCAGCGUGCCCGAAGAUGCGCAGAUGAACGGCACGCAGUUCCGCUCCAGCGACGGGCUCGACGAGCUCGACGCAGAGGACCUGCCGCGGAGCAGCAUGACUGUCAGGCCCACGCGCGCGUCCCUCGGCGAGGCACCGGCGCCAGAAGGCUCUCCUUCGUCGCGCUCCCAAUUCGGAAUUUCUCCGGCUGCGUCGGCCGUGCUCGACCGGCCACGCUCCACUGAUGAGGCAGAUGUGUUCGGCGGCGGCCCCAGCUCUCCGUCGCGGGCAGGCCGCGCGUCGUCAAGUGAGAGCAACAAGCCGCUGCCCGGUCUGCCUGCCGCGACACGGCCAGUCAGCGACCUGCGGCUCAAUGGCCCUUCGACGUCGCCGCUACCUGCCGCAGGCGUCGCGUCUCCCUCUGUCCUCGCCGCAGCAGCUGCAGCGCUGCCGCCUCAGCACAUUCCGCGUCCGAUGCCUGGUGCAGGAGCAGCGAACGGGCACGAGUCUGGCGGCGCGCGCGCUCUGCGGCCGUCUGGCGACCUGGUGCAGCGCGACGAGCCCAGCUCGUCGGACGCAGAGACUGCGCGCUCGCUGGCCAACAGCAACCGCAGCAGCAUCGACGACAUCCGGCGAAUGCACGCAGCGCGCGCAGCAGCGCGGGAAAGCUCGCCCACUGCGCACGCCACGCCCGAGCCGCGAGCACACAGCACUCGUCGUGAAGCCCCGGGCUCGGAGCCUGGUGCGCGGCCGCUGAGCGUGUUCGAGACGCGCGCGGCACCGAGCGGCGCCAGCAGCCGCAGCUCGAGCCGCGCACCGGUGCGGCCACGCAGCAGCGACGGCCACGACUCGCGCGAGUCUGCCCGCACACCGCCGCGCAGCGCCAGCGGCAACACGUCCGCGACUCUGCGCGAUGGCGAGGCGCGCGAGCGUGAGCGCUCCGAGCGGCCCGAGGGCGGCGAGCGCGAGCGCGAAAAGCCGCGCAGCCGGCGAACGCUGGGCGACUACGCGCUCGGCAAGACGCUCGGCGCGGGCAGCAUGGGCAAGGUCAAGCUGGGCGUCAAAAUGGGCAACGGCGAAAAGGUGGCGAUCAAGAUCAUCCCGCGGCACACGUCGCUCGCGGCAGCGCAGCACGGCAAGCCGGGCAGCGAGGCAGUCACGCCGACGGCCUCGUUCCUCGCCAAGGCGGCGGCCAAGGACCACAGCAAGGAGGUGCGCACGAUUCGCGAGGGCAGCCUGCAGCUGCUGCUGCACCACCCGUACGUGUGCGGCAUGCGCGAGAUGAUGAUCCAUCCGCACCACUACUACAUGGUCUUUGAGUACGUCAACGGCGGCCAGAUGCUCGACUACAUCAUCUCGCACGGCCGCCUGCGCGAGCGGGCGGCGCGCAAGUUCGCGCGCCAGAUCGGCAGCGCGCUGGAGUUCUGCCACCGCAACUCGGUCGUGCACAGAGACCUCAAAAUCGAGAACAUCCUCAUCUCCAAGACGGGCAACAUCAAGAUCAUCGACUUUGGCCUGUCGAACCUCUUCUCGCCGCACUCGCACCUCUCGACGUUCUGCGGCUCGCUGUACUUUGCCGCGCCCGAGCUGCUCAACGCCAAGGUGUAUACCGGUCCCGAGGUCGACGUGUGGAGCUUCGGCAUCGUGCUCUACGUGCUCGUGUGCGGCAAGGUGCCGUUCGACGACCAGAGCAUGCCGGCGCUGCAUGCCAAGAUCAAGCGCGGCCAAGUCGAGUACCCCGCGUGGCUCAGCGGAGAGUGCAAGCACAUCCUUUCGCGCAUGCUCGUGACGAACCCCAAUCAGCGCGCGACGCUGCCCGAGAUCCUCGCGCACCCUUGGAUGGUCAAGGGAUACGACGGCCCGCCGAACGCGCACCUGCCGACACGGCAGCCGCUGCGGCCCGGGCAGCUAAACCCCGAGGUGAUCAAGGGCAUGACGGGCUUCGAGUUCGGCACGCCUGAGGAGAUCGAGGCGCGCCUGACGGAGGUGCUCACGAGCGAGAGUUACAUGACGGUGCUGCAUGGCUGGGAGUCGAAGCACGGCAUGCCACUCUCUGGCCUCUCGCCUGCUGCGAGCUUUGCUGGUGCCGGGUCGAACGGCACGCUGCUCGGCUCGGAAGGCACGCUCGGCCGCGCCCACACGCGCGGCUCGGUCGAGUCCAAGUCCAAGACGGGCUCGAAGCGCUUCAGCGGCAUCGACUUCUACCGCAAGAAGAUCAGCGUCUUUGGCGGCGGCUCGAAGGAUGACGGCAGCGGCACGUCGAAUGGCGUCUUGAGCGGCUCGACCAACCCGAACGCCACAUGGCCGGGCGCGGGCAAGGAGCCGCUGGACCCGACGCGCGGCUUUCACCCGCUCAUCUCCAUCUACUACCUCGUCUCGGAGAAGAUGGAGCGCGAGCGGCUAUACGGCCACUCCUUCUUCGCCAGCUCCAACAUCUCCGUCAACGGGCCGCUGCCGGCCGGGCCGUCGGGCCGCCCGGCGGUGUCCUCGGCAGCCGGCGACGCGUCGGGCGGCUCGAUGCCGACGGCCGCAGACAUCCCGCAGGAAGCGCUGCGCGUCCCAGAAGCCUCUCACAUCUCUGCCGGCCAGAAGGACAGCCCGAUCCUGCCUGCAGACUUGCCCGCGCCACCGCGCUCGGCUGCGUCGUCCACGCCCGCCUCUCCGACACCCGUCUUCGAGUCGCGCCAGAAGAGCCAGCCGAUGGCCGUCAUGGCUGGUGCGCCGCGCGCGCGCGCCCAGGGCGACGAGGUCGAGGCUGCGCUGCGCGACAAGGGCUUCUCCGCACCCAUGGCUGCCGCUGGUGGCUGGACGAUGAGCUCGCGGCGCUCCGAUGCCGCCGCCUCGGCCCUGUCGCCGCCUCCGCGCUCGAGCAUCUCCGGCGCUGUCGCUGCCGCGCCGGUGCAGCCGCUGCCGUCAAACCACAAGCGCAGCCUGAGCCUGACGGGCAAGCGGCCUGCUUCCGCAGGGAUGGGAGUGCCGCCGCCGCCGCUCGACAAGGAUCUGCCUGCUGCCGUGCCGCGGCCCGCGCGCAAGGAUGGACAGAGCGCGUCGCCUGACCACCGGCGCAGCUACCACGCCGGCGUGAGCCCGAUGCGCGACGGCUCCACGCCGCUCGGCGACGAGGAUGCUGGCGCAGCCACGCCCGGCGGAGGCUCGAGCUUCGUGCGCCGCUUUGGCUCGCUCAUCGGCCGCUCGCCGUCGAGCCCUCUUGAUGCAGAGCGCCGCCGGCAAGCGCGCAUGAGCACGGGUGGCAUGCCCACGGCGGCGCCGACGCCUGUGCGGCGCGGCAGCACGCACAUCACCGGCCUCAUGGGCGUGGCCGAGAGCGGCGCUGAGGCGCCCGCCAGCCCCGAGCCUGCCGACUCGCCAGUCGCAGCGCGGUCCGACACUGGCGUGCGGCGCUCUGGCACGCUCAAUGAGCUCGGACGGCCCCGCCCGUCCACUGCCAGUCCCGGCGCCGUGUCGAUGGGCCGCGCAGCUGGAGGCCGCGCGCUGUCUCCCUCGCGCGUGCGGCCUGGCUCCUUGGCUGCUCCUCUGGGCACUGUUGAUGCGUCGGUCGACGACCCGGCGCCUGCUUCCGCCGUCUCGGCAGGCGGCUGGCACGGCGUCCAGCCUGGGCAGCUCGGCGCCAUGCCGCCGAACGCCCGGCGAGACGGGGUCGCUCGCUCUGCAACUGUGAACGCGGGCUCGAGCCUCUACAGCUCGGCCGGCGCAGGAGCUGCGGCUGCGACGCCGUCGCGCGAAGGCGAGGCUGCCACGUCGAAGCCGAUUUUCCUCAAGGGCCUCUUCAGCGUGCAGACGACGAGCACCAAGUCGCGCACCGUCAUCCACGCCGACCUUGUGCGCGUGCUCGAGCGCAUCGGCGUGCAGUACCGCGAGAUUCGCUCGGGCUACGAGUGCGUGCACCUGCCGAGCCUCGACUUCUCGGGCGCCGGCGGAGCGCCAACGCAGCUGCCCGAGGGCCAGGGCAACGCGCGCAUCCCCAUGACGCCGUCGAACGGCGGCGCAGGCAUCAGCAGCGGCGGCGGCAUCGAGAACAUGGACGGCGACGCCGGUACGCGGCCUCAGGGCCCGCGACGCAAGCAGAGUCGCAUCUCGUUUGUCUCGAGCCGGCGCGAGCGGCGCCGCGCCGAGAAUGCAUCGCAGGCCGACACGGCGAGCAUCUCGUCGGCGACGGCGUACGGCACCGAUGAGCGCCGCAGCCCGGUCAACUCGCGCAGCCGCGCCAGCUCUCUGGCUGGCAGCGGCAGCAGUCCGGCGCUGGACCAGCAGGAGGGCACGCCGUCCAAAGCGCCGCGUGCGCCGUCGCGCCAGCGCACCGACUCCAUCGUCGAGAUCGCACCUGGCAGCGCGCCGCCGCCGGUGCCCGCCAAGACGAUCGACCAGACUACCGCGCACGACCUCGCCGUGCGCUUCGAGAUCUUCGUCGUCAAGGUGCCGCUGCUGCUCGGCGUCAACGGCCUGCAGUUCCGGCGCGUGAGCGGCAACCCUUGGCAGUACUCGAUGCUGGCGCGACGAGUGCUGCAGGAGCUGAAGCUCUAAGCUUGCUCUCCGCAAGGAGCCCUCUGUCUUCGCUCUGCUCGCUGUCGCCGUUGCUACAGCGGGCGGCCUGCAUUCGACGCCUGCGCUGCUGCCGUGCAUGCCACGCAGUACCCAACCUCCCCUUUUCCGCUCCCUCAUGCCGGCCCCGGUCCUCGUCAUCCAGCUCAUCGCUCAUGGGCGCCUUCUGUGGCCGCCUCACACUUGUCUCCUUCACGCGGCCCGAACUUGGCCAAUCGAAUCAUCAAUUGCACGCUGGACACUUUGCCAUGGGCCCC